AUAUUCCGACGUCUGGUUGUUUCCCAUGUUUCAAAGUCCUCCAUGUUACAUUUCAGUAUCCUCAAAAUCACUCAGUGGAAGUCGCCCCUGUACUUGAAGAUUUGAACUUUGACUGAGAUCUUGGAGAAGUAUUUAGCUUUGACAUCUCUGCACAUGAACUGAAGUGGAUAAGAAUAAGUUUUUAGAACUCCAUUUGGUCUUUCAAGCUACAAAGCUUCAAAAAUUUCAUCUCAAUGAGGACCUUUUGUCAAAAUAUAUCCUGGAGGAUACAAAACCCCUAGUCAAAGCCAAGAUUUUUGUCAAUUGGAGGUACCAAGACGAUGAACAAUAUGCAUUUUGUAACCGUAUGCAUAAGCUUCUGGCCGGAAUUUCCACUGCCAAAUAUCUGUAUUUUUAGGGUCAUAUUUUUAAGGUAAGCAUAUCCUAACUUGUUCUGUGCAUGACAUAUUGUCAUUAUGUAUGAUAGAUUGAAAGAAACUCACUACUAUGGUUUUGGUAUGGAAAGGAAAUAAUAAAGAUGCUUAAUGCCACCUGCAUGAAAAGAUUUUCGCUUGCAUUAUGGCAGGUACCAAACAUAGCUUUAUAACUGAAGUCGUUUUCCCCUUUUGGCAACUAUGAUUCCAAAUAGUAUAUUAUGCAUGACCAAAUGUUUCAUAUUCACACGAAUUUCUGUUUGAUUAAUGCUUUAUAUUUCACGAAGGAGUUUUGUUUACUUGAGAAAAUUGAUACUGCUUGCUCCUGUCUGCUGCUUCUGGUUGAAACACCUAAUAGAGUCGGUCAAGAGUACACCUGGUCUAGAAUGUCUUGUCUUAGAAAAUGAGUAUUAUAAUCAGCCCACAUCCAAUGAAGAAUGCUUAGGCGUAAUGCUUGAAGAAAUCUGAUAUAUAUAUCUUCGGAUAUAUAUCCGUACAGCUUAAUUGGAGUGCAUCAGAAUUUCUACCUUCUUGUUUGUUAUCACAGCUCAAAACUGUCGCUAUAAGGGCAGUCAAGGCACGAGUAGAUGAGAUUGAAGUAGCAAAGUAUUUGCUUAAGAAUGGUGAAGUCUUGAAGAAGAUGACUUUUCAUGCUCCUGAAUUUGGAUUAACAAAGAGAAGGUAUACAAGCAAAUUUUAAUGUUUUGAAAGGGGUUCGAAGACGUGUCAAGUUGAAUUUAUCAAAGUGACACUGUUGGCUUUAUAAGGGUUUUUAUCUAGGAAUUUAAUUUUAGCUUUGUUGAUGUUUGAAAUGGAAACAAUGGAUGCUUCGUUGAAGAUGAUCUUUUAGCAUGAGUCUGUUAUCAAGGGUGAACAUAAAUAUGCAGUCUCUUUGUUUUUCAUUGCAUAAAUUCUUCAUAUACUGUAGAAUUAAAAUUGCUUAGGACUUGGAGAGGGGUCAUGUGUGAAUCUCAGGCUCUAUGCAAUGUUUAAGGUGAAGAAUUUGGUCCUGUUGGUCUGGUGUAGUGCAAAGUGGCUCACUUUAUGGAUGCACAUGAUUUUCUGAAUUUUAUUAUUUCAGUAUGAAUAGGAUUGCUUACUUUCUUCCUGCUAAUGUGCAAAAAAACCAUAGAGGGGCUCAAUAAACAAGGAAAAUUUACAUCUAUAGAAUAUUUCUAACAAAAAUGGACAACUUAUGAAUUCUAAUAAAUACAAAAUAGAACUGAGUGGACGGAAAACUAAAGUGUUCCGGGUAUAUAUAGAUCUUUAUUGACUCCUCAGCCCCCUCAAACUUUCCGCCGGACAAAACUGAAAACCUUAAGAUCAAAAUUUUGAUCCCCAAUUGGCACCUCGUUAAGACAACGAAUCGAAGGUCUUACAAGCCUCUACAAGAGCAAAGGUGAGCAAUAAUCGCAACCCUUAGCCUUAUUUUGAAACCCCUUUCCUUUUCCCGUGUGGUUUGUCAAAAUGAAAUAUACGUUUGGAAUGUAAUCUUUUUAUUUCAAUUAUCAGCUGAAAAGAAUCACUGAUUGCGAGAAAUCCAAGGGUAACAGGCAUAUCAUCUUAUAUAUAAGAUUCCAACUAGGAAAGAGCUUCUUCAUCCCAAAUUACUGCAUCCGAACAAUUCAAAUUUCAUUGCAUGUUUUGCAAACUCUCAUCCAAUUUUUGCAUGUUUUAGGUACGUGGUGGUGCAAAGGGGAAGGGCCAUUUCCACCAUAACUUCCCCCUUGUCAUUACUCAUUAUGUUGUUUAUAAUUUGUUUUAGUACCAAGUCAAAUGUGUGUUCUGUUUUGUGCUUCACUCUCAUACUUCAGAGCGGUGACAACCAAUUCAUAUUUUCCCCGGGCCAUCACAGCAGCUCAGCUCUUACAAGGGUACAAAUGAGUUCGAGGCCAAUGCAUCAAGGAGUUAGUGAUAGGAUAAGUGAAUUACCAAAUGAUGUUCUUUGUCGUACACUUUCGUUUCUUCCAACGAAGUAUGCUGUGAGGACCACUGUUUUGUCGAAGAAAUGGAAGAACAUAUGGACUUCCGUACCCAAUCUAUACUUUUGUGAUAAUGACUACCCUGAUGUUAAUGCCUUUAUGGCAUUUGUGGAUCGUGUACUUGACUCUCAUGACUUAUCACGCAUCCAAAAAUUCUGUCUUCAUUCUUCCUGCUUUGACGUCGAACCGUCUAUUCUUAAUCGUUGGAUAUGCACUGCAAUUAGACACAAUGUUCGUGAACUUGAUCUUUUUGUUCACUCAGAUGCAGAAGAUUAUUUUGAAUUGCCUCAGACCCUUUUCACGAGCAAAAACCUAGAAGUUUUGAAGCUGCAAUUGAAUUUUAUUGCCAAUCCUCCUGCCUCAAAGUGUUUCCCAAGUCUCAAGUCCCUCUGUGUUGUAAUUCAGCAUCCUGAAGGUAUCUCAGUGAAGAUGUUUUUUUCUUACCUCCCUGUACUUGAAGAUUUGGAAAUACAGGGAUACCUUGAAUAUUAUGAUGUGGAUGUCAACGUCUCAGCACCAGAACUGAGGAAAUUAGUAAUAAAUUUAGCGUAUGGAAAUGCUUAUGGUGGCAAUGAUCAUAAAUUAUGUGUUAAUGCUCCAAAACUUGAAUUCCUUGACGUCAAGCUGGAUAGCUUGUCAAAGUUUUUAUUGUUAAUCAAUGCAAAUUCCGCCGUCAAGGCAAAUGUUGACCUCCUGUACGAAGAACUGUCCAAUGGUGAAUCUGCAGAUGUGGAAUAUAGUCUCCAGUAUAAAAUGCAGGCUGAUCGUGCCAUUGAUAUUCUGAAAAAUAUCUCCAAUGUGAAGUACCUGUCUCCUUCAAUUCGUAAUUUGGAGGGUGAUUUGCCUGCUUUUGACAAUUUGAACCAAUUGAACCUGGUUUUUUAUGAUUGCGGUUACUGGGGAUUUCUAAUAAAGUUCAGUAAAUCACCUGACCUACAACAUCUCGUCUUUGAACACAAGGAUUGUAGCAUAUGCAAUGAAGUAGACUUCCGGCAAGUACUUAAUCCACCAAAGUUUGCGCCGCUUUCUCUGAUGGUGCACCUCAAAACAAUCACUGUAAACGGAUUCAAGGGAAGGCGGGAAGAGGUGCAAGUGGUAAAGUAUUUGUUAGAGAACCGGACCUGUCUACAGAAGAUGAUCAUUUCUAUUAAAGCGAUUCCAGGUCAUCUAUUUGACAACUUAUACAGGGAAGUUUUACAGUUUCCAAAGGUGUUCGAUUGUCAAGUUGAAAUGCGAUUGUGGGUUUCAGAACUGAAUUAUUAUCCAGUGUGUUUCUAGGAUUCGGGAAAGAAAAAACAAUCCUCUUUCGUUUUAGAAGGUGAUCGGGCGUUUGCGGUUUGUUUUUCUGUGCUAUAUUUUCUUGUAUCAACUUUCGAUAGGUUCUUCAGACUCUCUGGGAAUUCGACUGUGGACUUGCCUACGGUGAUGAUGAUGAUAGAAGGGGCAAUAUAUAAUACUGUUUUGCAGACGUUGCCAUUUUCUUGAACAGUUGUUAAUCUUGCAUCUUUGUAAUGCCGUUUUUCUCCAUUGUUAACAUCCAAGGAUAAAGGGACAAUAUUUUUACACUCA